AUGGUUGUAAACUAUAUUAAAAAUUAUAUUUACAAUUUGAUGAAAACUAAUGAUGAUCCUAUAGAAGCCAGUAAAAACAUGGUUAAUUCGAUUCAAAUAUUAGUUGGAAUACAUAAUGUGUUUGGAGAUACGAACCGUAAAAUGACCCUUCUGUCCUUAUUAGCCACAUUUGUGUUUGCUGGGACAUUUGUUUAUGUCGGUACCAUUAGCCAGAGUAUUUACCUAAUAAAAGUGAUCCCUGACAAACUCGAGUGCUUCAAAGCCAUGAACUGCUUAAGUUCCACUUGUGUUCCACUCUCAAAAUACAUAUUUAUGUGGAGUUCCAGUGAUCGACUCAGAAAAAUACUAGAUAUGAGUCGUCAAGGUUUGAACAUAAUACCAGCUGAUACUGCUGCUCACAAUAAAAUGAUAAGAACGCUUCAGCAAGGGCGCUAUGUAUCCUUCCUAGUAAUUAUCAACCAAGCAACAACGCAUAUAUUCUACCUAAUUCUACCUCUUUUAUUUACUAUCUUUGGUAACAAUAGGUACCUGCCAACAACACCUGGAGAAAUAUUUGGCCUCAGCAGCAAAUACGAAACACCAUUCUACCAAAUAUCAUUUGUUCUAACUUCAAUUGCAACAUGCUUCUCUGCUAUAAAUCAAACUGGCUACAUUGUACUAUUUGUCAACUUACUCUCGCAUGAACUUGGUCAUUUCUAUGCUAUCACUGAAUCAUUGAAUCAUAUAUACAGUAUUGUAAAUGAUGAGGAAAUAUUUGAAAACGACGAUAUGAAACAAAAAACUAUAGAAGCCGAAUUGAAGUUGUCUAUAAAACACCACCAGUUUAUAAUGAUCUAUCACGAGAAGAUAAAGGAAUUAUACAAAUCAGUUUUCGGAGCUCACUUCUUGAUGAUGACAUUGGUGUUAGUAACAACAUUACAGACAAUGAAUUCGUGGAACAUAAGCAAUACAAUAUUAACAGGUGUGACGGGUGUAAUGCCUUUAUUCAUAUACUGUUUUGGAGGUGAACUUCUAUUGAGUGCGGAGACAGGUAUGUCCACAGCAGCAUAUUCAUGUGGCUGGGAGUUAAUGAAUCAUAAACAAGCCAGAAUGGUUUUCCUAAUACUGGCACUAUCUCAACGUCCACUUUACCUCACAGCAGCUGAUAUUUUCAUUAUGAACAGAGAAACCUUUGGAGAUGUAGUUCAGAUCGUGUACAAAAUUUACGCUGUGUUCAAUUGA